AUGGAGAUGGGAGCAGCAAAGAUGGCGCUAGGAAUUUUGUGCAUUACAGCCUUAGCAUUGUUGAUGCUUUGGAUGUAUCGUCUUGUGCAGUAUCGUAAAGCUGUUCAGCGCUCUCAAGCACGUUGGUUAGGCUACGAACCUGCUCCUAUGCUUUCUGAGGAUGAAAUGGGACUAAAUUGGCCAAGUCUCAAGCCAUUUUUAUUGUCGCCAAUACCUGAAGAGAGACAUGAAAGUGGCCGCGAGUCCGAGAAUGAAUCAAUGCUUUCAGCACGUCGAGACUCAAGACGAUUAAGUGCCAUCUCUGUUCUUGCUUACGGGAGCUUCGAUCACCCUGUGGCCAAGACUGCUAAAAAACUAGGACGAGAAAUUCUUGAAAUAAGCAACAAACCUCAAAACUACCAAUAG